UGGAGUUGCUACCAAACACAAAACUCUUCUAUCUUCUUCUUUCAUACUAAGCUUAUUUUAACCCCGUUUUUCUCUGCACUGCUACUACUGCGCUUGUUUAAACAACAACCGAGUUGGAUGAAUGGAUCCUUCAACCAGACAACACCAGGAGAUGUCUAACCCUUCAUUGGAAAACAUGUCGGUUAACUCAAAAGGACAACAAGAGAGGAAACCAAGGCCACAACAGGAACAAGCACUCAAGUGCCCAAGAUGUGAUUCCACCAACACCAAAUUCUGCUAUUACAACAACUACAGCCUUUCCCAGCCAAGGUAUUUCUGCAAAUCAUGCAGGCGGUAUUGGACCAAAGGAGGCACAUUGAGAAACGUUCCAGUGGGCGGCGGGUGCAGGAAGAACAAAAGUUCAUCAUCAUCAAAGAGAAGCCAAGAUCAGCCAUUAACCCCCAAUACCAACCCACUCAUCACUUCCCACCUCCCGCCUUUGAAUUACGAUACCAAUGACCUAAGCCUCGCCUUUGCCAGGCUCCAAAAACAACCUACUUUUCCAUUAGGGUUUGAUGAAAUCGGAAACCCUAGCAUGAACAGCAAUCCCGCCAUUUUCGAUGCACUCAGAAACAGCUUACUUGGAAACCAGAACAACCUCCAGAAUUUUUACUACGGGUUCGGAAAUGAAAACUUCGCCGGUGAGGUUGAAAACAUGGGGUUUAACGGCCAACUUAUGGUACCGUACAGUAACGAUGAGUUGAGUACUGCAAGCACAGUUACAACCAUGAAGCAAGAGCUUUCCAUGGCUGACUUUGAUUCGGGAAGAGGAAACUGGAACGGCGGCUUCAAUUCAUCUUGGCAUGGAAUGAUUAAUAGCCCUCUAAUGUAGUUUAAGAAAAAAACAACUGGAGUUCUAUGUUUGUUUGUUUUUUUUAAUGUCUGAAAGCAGCAUAUUUUCAGUAGUUUUUUUGUUGUUGUGUACUUAGGAGGGAGAUUUGAUUCAUCAGAAUCAUCAGUAAUUCCCAUGUUCCUUUUUCAUUAUUAGUGCUGCCAUUUUCGUUC